AUGACUACAGCCCACCGACCGACGUUUGACCCUGCACGGGGCAAAGAGGCGCAGCGAGGUCCAGCGUAUCAUCAACGAUUACUACCAGCGCACACUCUUCUCAAAGUUCGGCAACCCGGUCAAGGCGGAGCUGCAGAAGCUCAUCAGAGAGAUCUCAGAGCAGAAUUACUUGCGGCAGAAGCCGCUCAUUUCGCAAAGACGAAGGGAACGUCUGCAGAAUCCACGAGCAGUCCCUCAAAACCCGUUAAGCGAGAACUCGAAGACUCCACGGAAGGUGGUGACGGUGACAACGAGGACCCUGAAACAAAACGAAGGAGGAUUCUCGAAGAAACUAGAGAUAUCGAUGCAGACUCGGAUGGAAGCGAUACAGAGAGCAGCGACGAGGAGAGUGACGAAGAAGAUGAGACAGCAGAGCUGAUGCGCGAACUGGAGAAAAUCAAAAAGGAACGAGCAGAGCAAAAAGCACGGGAAGAAGCAGAACAGGCUCAACAAGAACAAGACCAGCGAGAACAAGACAUUGCGCUUGGUAACCCGCUGCUCAAUCCCAAGGCAUUCAACGUCAAGCGGAGAUGGGACGACGACGUGGUCUUCAAGAACCAAGCUCGAGGCACGGAACAGAAAGGGAACAAGGAGUUUGUCAAUGAUCUACUGAGAUCGGACUUUCACAAGAAGUUCAUGUCGAAAUAUGUCCGAUAA